AUGCUCUCCAAGACUCUACUCACUGCCUACCUUGCCAUCCUGGUCGAGGCUCGCUUCGGCCAAGAGCAGGUUCCCAUCCAGGCCAUCUCCGAAGUCCAAGGCGGCCAGCCCGGCCAAGCUCAGACCAUCGCCGGAGCUGCUAUCAGCGAUCUCCUCGCCGCCGCCAACCCAUGCGACAAGUUGCAGCGCGGCGACCAGAUCUUGGCCGAGCUGGGCACCGGUGCCGAUGCCAUGGCUGCGGCCAUCGGAAUGGUCGCUGCCGAGCAAAACUUCAAUCCCUUCAACACCGACAAACCGACCAUCUGCUCCGACCCGACGCUGCCGACGUCGGCUGCCCUGCGCGGUAUCACGCCUCUGGUCGACCCGGACGUCGAUGGUGCCGACGUCGCCAAUGCCUUGUCUAAUCAGACCCGAGCCAACCCGCUCGAUGCGACGGGACUGAGUGUUGCGGACCUGUUGCAGCAGAAUGGCUUCACCAAUUUCGCGACGAAGGAUUCUAAUGGCAAUGCUGGUGCUGCCGGUGAUGCAAAUGCCGCCAAUUCCAACGCCAAUGCCAAUGCCGGUUCCGCUUCUGCUUCCGGUACCGCUGCUGCUGCCACCGCCGCCGCCGACGUCUCCUCAUCGUCCACCUCCUGCAACACCAACGCCGACCAGCAGCAGCAGCAGCAGCAGAGCAGCAACAGUAACAGCAACUCUUCUUCUGCUUCUAACGCCAACUCUAAUUCGUCUACUGCUGCUGCUGCUGCUGCUUCUUCUUCGGCCGGCAACGGUCAAACCGCCAGCUCCAAGAACCUCGACUUCGGCAAGUGCACGCCGACGAUGAAGUUCGUCGGCGGCCUCAACGGGCGGCCGGCCGACGAGUUCACGUUCCAGGCGAUUGACCCGCUCGUCGCCAAGGGCCAGCAGGAGGCGCUCAACCCCAACAUCAUCACCAACCGCAUCUGCGACCAGCUGACCAACGUGUGCGACGCCGCCGACGACGCCAAAGCCGCGUGCCUGGACGCGAAGGCCCAGAUCGAGGCGCUCGGCACGCGCGACCAGAGCACCGCCGACGCGUGGAACGAGGCUCUCGGCUUCGCUGGCGCGGCGUCGGCCAGGAAGAUGAUGGUGAGGAGUAUGAGGAGGGGUGUUAGGGGUGGUGUGCGCAGGGAGGUUAUGGAUUGGACUAAGGUGAGGGCGUAA